AUGAAGUUCAACACCAUCCUGGGCCUGUUGGUCGCUGCCAGCCAGUACUGGCCGUCCAUCGCAUUGCCUCAGUUUCCCGAUAAUCCCGUCUGUGCUGCCGGCAUCACAUCUGUCGAAGUACAGCCGGUGCAGUUCAUCGUCAGACAGCCCAUCUACAUCAGCGCCUACUUACCAGUCAACACUGUCCUGGUACUCGAUGAUGGGCUGACCCUCACCAUCACUAAUGCUCCAUUGACCUUGGUCACCGAAAUUGACAAGUUAGGAACACUUACGUCCCAAGUUACUAGAAUCAUUGACCAGGUCUCGUCAAUUCCAAACGCCUAUGUCACCAUCACAAGAGGUGGCCAGGCCGGAUCUGAGGCAAGCACAAUCACAAUCUUCCCCUCUGGUCCUGAUGGCGUCGGAACCUACUUGGUCUUCACCCCUUUUGCCAACAUUGCGGCCACCACCGGCAGUAGUGUUCCAGAGACAGCAACUGUCCUGGGCACUCCCAUCGACCCGAGUGGUUUUGUCACGCAGUCCGCGCCAGGAGCGAGCAGCGUUAUUAACCCCGGACCCAGCCCUGCAUCAGUUCCGGUCACAAUCGCUCCCACAGCAUCUGGAGGUGCUGCGGCUUUGCCUCAGAUCUUUGCUACCGUCAACGUUGGUGGGGCCACGGGCGUGCCCAGGAACUUCACCGUCGUGGACUCGGCUGGAUCUGCGGGUACGGUCUUUGCGCAGACUUUUGACAGCUUCUCGAUCACUGUUACUGGUCCUCAGAACGUCAUUACGGUUUUCGGUAACGCCGGUGUUACACCCGCUGCCAUCACAUUGCCCGGUAACAGGGGUGUGACGCAGACCGGGGCCGAUGCUGUGCUUCAGAUUAUCCAGACUCCGGGAGGCGAGGCCGAUUUCCUUGCUAGGCUCACAACCGUGAGCAUCCAGGGCCAAAACGGCCAGACCGGAACCUUCACGCUUAUCCCGACGGCUGGCAGUGUUGGUGCGGUAAUCGUACAGACUGCGGCACCAGCUCUUGGUGCCAUCUUCCAGACCAUCAGCGUUGCCGGAGCCACGCCAACUACACUUUCCAUCCCGGCACCCGAAGGACAGACCGGAACUGUUAUUGUACAGACCACGGAUGGCUUCACAGGCCCCGCUGCUGGUCCGUUUACGACCGUUACCGUUGGCGGCGGCCAGGGUGAUGCUCCCGCGACUGUGACUAUUCCCCCGGCCGCUGGUGCGACGGACGGCGUCUUCACCGUUCUCGUUCAAAGCCUGGAUCCUACGGCCUUCAACGGACCUUUCCGAACUAUCACGGCCGGCGGUAACACGGGAGGAUCACCAGUCACCAUCACUGUUCCUCCCUCAGGCAACGGCCAGACCGGUACUGUUGUUGUCCAGCCUGCCAUCACCUCCUUCACCGGCCCUUUUACGACCAUUACGACUGAUGGCAACACUGGAUCCCUUCCAGUCUCGCUCACCAUCGUUCCCGCCGGCAACCCGACUCUGGGUACCAUUAUUGUUCAGACUCCCUCAAUCACUGCUCGGCCUGCUCUCUUCAGAACCUUGGCCGCGCUCCCGAUUGCCGGUCUCGGUGCCACAAUCACCUUGCCCUUGCUAGGAAACUCUGCUUCUGCCCCCGGAACUAUUGUAGUCGCCGUGGGACUGGGCGGAGAUGAUCCGGCCACGACUGCACCAGCCGCUUUGGCUGCCAACCUAGUCACUAUCCGAGGUGACUACAAUGGCACAGAUCCGUUGACUUUGACCCUCCCUUCUCAGGGCGACAACCCGGUUGCCACCAUCGUCGAGCAAUUGCCCGUCGGCUUCAGCGCGGGAGUCACUAUUGGAAACUCUGCCUUAACUACGGCUGUACCUCCUGUCACGAACGCUGCUACGCAAGCUACCGCCCCUAGCGUAUCCGCCGCAAACCCGGCGGCUUCGAACGCAGGUGUUCUCCCGAAUAUCCUCACUAGCGGCUACUCCGGAUCCGUGCCGACCACGGUCACAUUGCCUCCUCUGGGAACCCAAACGGCCUCUCAAGUCUUGGUCCUUACGCCAUUGACCAACGCUGCCAGUUCUGCUGCGCCUGACCCUGCGGGCUCUGCUGCGACUGUGGCUCCUAAUGUGAUCAACACCAUCACCACUGGAUUUGGCGGUUCUCAACCUACCACCGUUACCGUCCUCCCACAGGGCCUUGAAUCUACUGCUCCAGUCGCCUUGGUGUUGACUCCGGACCCAGCUGCUGCAACUGCCGCGGCGUCCCAAGGGGCUCUGCCUGGUUCCUUCACCACCCUCACCGGACCAGCUGUUGGGUCAACUCCCACCACGCUGACUAUCCCUCCUGUGGGAACCAACACUGUCGGCACGGUUGUGGUUCUGGGCGACCCCUUGGCCACUGCUACUGCUCAGCCAGGCCAGACGCAGACACAGGAUCCUGGUGCCAACGGAGUCCCAUCCAGUCUUGCACCUGGAGCUCUAGGUGCCUUCACCACCAUCCAGAGCGGCUUCAACGGCCUUCAGCCCUCGACCUUUACCGUUCCUCCUGCUGUCAGCGGCGCUCCAGGAACGGUUGUCGUCCUUACUCCUACUAACCCAGCUGCUCCCCAACUGACCCUCCCUUCCGGAGUGCCAUUUGUUACGGUAACUACUGCUGGUGAUGUCCCCGCUGUGCUAACAAACGUGUUGCUUCCCACGGGAACAAACACUCUAGGAACUGUUCUCGUCCAGACCCCUGCCACUCCAGCUGCUUCUCAGCUGAACCUCCCCUCUGGUGUGCCCUUCGUAACGGUCACAACACCAGCCGACGUUCCCGCCGUGGAGACGAACGUGCUGUUGCCAUCGGGAACAAACACUGUUGGCACCGUUCUCGUCCAGGUGCCUUCGUCCUUGUUCACAGCCCUGCCCACCGGUGUUGCUACCACUCCAGGCGCAGUCAACUCUGGCUUGGUGCUUCCUGGACUCACCAUCCCACCCAUUUCCAUCGACCUGCCCACCAUCAUUCUGUCUAUCCCCAGUCUCAGCCUGGGUUCCUUCAUCACCUUGACCCAGGGCGGACCGGUAGCAACAACCGCCAUUCUCCCUCCCUCCGGCACCAACUCGGUGGGCCUCGUGAUUAUCCAGACACCGACUGUCGCCGCGACUGCCGCUCCAGGCGCUGGUGUCUUCACGACUCUCUUCCAGGGCUUCUCCGGAUCCGUUCCUCAGACCACCACCCUGCCGCCGACGGGAACCAACACCCUCGGCGUCGUCUUGAUCCAAACGCCCACGGUUUCUGUGGAGGUCAACAUUCUUCAGACCACCACAAUUGGCUUCACCGGAUCACUCCCCACUACCGUUACCGUGCAGCCGUCUUCCGGUGGCUCUGGUCUCGUGGUCGUUCAGACCCCGUUCACGAACCCCUCGGUCUCUGCCACCAACGUGGCGGCCAACAGCUUCAUCACUACUACCCAGGGAUUCACUGGCAUUGCGCCGACUACGAUUACUUACUUCCCCGGUGGAACUGACACGGUUGGCACCGUGGUCGUUCAGACGCCCAUCUUCUCUGGAGGUGCUGUAACUGUGCCAUCCAUCUCGUUGGGUCUGCCGAACAUUCAGAUCACCAUUUCCAUCGGCGGACCUGUUGCGGCGACAUCUACUGUCUUGCCCUCCGGCACCAACACUAUCGGAACCGUGAUUGUUCAGACCCCCACUGCUCCCGGAGCCGGAGGCGCAACGACUCCCAUCGUUGACCCGGCUGUCACCGCGCCCGGCUUCGUCUCUGUCACCACUGGCUACACUGGAUCCACGCCAACUACCUUUACUCUGCCGCCAACCGGGACCCAGCCCGGAGUUGUCGUCGUCCAGACUCCUACCUCUGGCGUUGCUGUUGCUCCCAACAGCUUCAUCACGGCUGUCACUGGAUUCACCGGCACUGAGCCGACAACGGUGACGAUUCUUCCUACGGGAACCAACUCUGUUGGCAUCGUUCUCAUCCAGACUCCCACAAGAAUCAGCACGACUGUCUUGAUCAGCAUCAGCGGUGACCCUCCACCACCUACUGUGCCCAGCGGCUUCAUCCUGACCACAACUAUUGGCACCGGCACUCUGCCCACCACAGUCACUUUCCCUCCCUCGGGCACCAACCCUGGAAGUGUGGUUGUCCAGACUCCAUCUGUUGGAACCGCGGCGCCCGGCGUCACAAACGCUUUGCCCAACGUCAUCAUCACGAGCGGGUUUGCUGGCUCUGCCACGUCUACUCUUACGCUUACUCCCUCUUCCGCCGGCGACCCGACGACUUUGAUCGUCCUGACGCCUACUUCUGCUGCUGCUCCUUCGGUCACCGUUGCUCCAGCAUCGUUUGUUACUCUGACCAGUGGAUUCUUCGGCACUGCACCGGCGACUACAACCUUGGCACCUGUGAACGCUGGAGAUCCAGGAACUGUCAUUAUCCAGACACCUCUUCCCACGUCUGGCCUUUCGUUCCUCACUACUACCGUUGGCUACACGGGAGCUGUGCCGACUACCGCCACAGUAUUCCCAUCUGGAACUGAGACCGUUGGAGCCAUCAUUAUCCAGACUCCUUUCUCUCCUUCUUCACCCGCGGUUACGAAUGUUGCCCCUACACCUACGGCUCCUGGCUUCUCGUUCAUCACGGUUCAGACUGGAUAUUCUGGCACCGGAACUCAGAUCACCACUAUCCUGCCUACUGCCAGCGGCAGCGUUGGUCUCGUUCUUAUCCAGACUCCCACUGUUGGACAGGAUCCUGCGACUUCAAGUCCUGCGAUCAACAUUCCAACCACAGGGCCAGCUGCAACUCCGACUGUGGCACCCGCGUCGCUCGUGACUCUCAUCAGCACAUACACCGGAACGGUUCCAUCGACCACUACGCUCGCUUCCGCUGGCACUGACAGCUUGGGGACCGUCAUCGUCCUCCUUCCAAGCGCCACGGCAACCCCUGGAACUACCCCAGGUGCCAACUUCGCGACGCUCAUCAGCACCUACACCGGAUCCGUGCCGUCGACCUCGACUAUCCUUCCUACCGGAACCAACUCCCAGGGAACUUUCGUCAUUCUUGUCCCGAGCUCUACCAUCGACCCUGGUACCCUCAGUGCUGGUGCUCCAGCUAUUACGUCCUCACCCGGUGCGGUGUUUGCCACUCUUACUUCCACCUACGGAGGCUCGGUCACCUCAUUCCAGACUGUGCUCCCAUCGGGAACUGGCUCGACUGGCACCCUCGUUGUUCUCGUUCCGAGCAACGUGCUGGCUUCUCCCACAGACACACCCGCCAUUCCUCUUACUACUGUCACGUCGACGUAUGGUGGCUCUGUUAUCUCAACGGCCAUUGCUUCACCUGCAAACCCUGGAGACCCUGGCACUCUUAUUGUCUUGGUUCCAAGCAACAUUGCGAGCUCGACUGGUGGCGCUGCUCCUGGUGUUGGCAACAAUGUACUCACAACAUUCCUGUCCACCUACACCGGCUCAGUUCCUCUGACUACUACUGUCGCCCCGAUCAACUCCAAUGACCCCGGAACGGUCAUCGUUCUCGUCCCAAGUGCAACGAGCGGAGCAGGCGCAGCAACGCCCACUGCUGGCGGUGUUAUUACCAGCUUCUACAGUGGCUUGGUGCCUUCGACAUCCGUGUUGCCUCCAGGUCCCUCUGGCGAGCCUGGUGGCACCGUCAUCUUCCUUCCCAGCAGCACCAGUCUGUCAACCGCCGCUACAACGGCUUUGGCUGCCGGUCUCUACACUAGCACGUACGGAGGUUCAGUCACUCUUACUUCUACGCUCCCCGUCGGACCGUCUGGAGAGCCUGGUGCCACAGUCAUCUUCGUUCCCAGCAACACUGCUGCGCCCACUCCCGCGACCACCGCAUUGGCUGGAGUUCUCACCAGCUUCUACAGCGGACUGGUGCCAUCAACUUCGGUUCUACCUGCGGGUCCUUCUGGUGAGCCGGGUGCCACAAUCAUCUUCCUCCCUAGUAACACAGUCACUCCACCUGCUACAGUGCCGACUGCCGGUGGCCUGUUCACCAGCUUCUAUGGCGGUUCCGUCACUCUCACAUCCACGCUGCCCACUGGGCCCUUCGGCGAGCCGGGUGCGACUAUCAUUCUCAUCCCGACUCCCACUGCCACGCUCAGCCCGGCGCUACCGAAUGUCUUGACUAGCACGUAUGGAGGCUCUGUUACGUUGACCUCUGUCUUGCCUACCGGUACCAACGGAGACCCCGGCCAGACAAUCAUCUUCGUCCCGAGCAACACCGGCGCCCCUGGCGCCACCGGUGCACCCUCAUUGCCCAAUGUCUUGACCAGCACAUACGGUGGUUCGGUUACCCUGACCUCAAUCCUACCAACCGGGCCAUCGGGUGAGCCAGCACAGACAAUCAUCUUUGUGCCGAGUAGCUCUGCUGCUCCGGGGUUGCCCAACAUCCAGACUAGCACAUAUGCAGGCUCAGUCACCUUUACGUCGGUCGUUACUGAUGGUGGUAUCAACGUGCCCCCGCAGACUAUUGUCUUCGUCCCGGGCGUGACCAUUGUUCCCAGCAACACUGACCCUGCAGGACUUCCCAACAUCUUGACAAGUACCUAUGGAGGCUCGGUGACUCUGACUUCGGUCCUCCCUGUUGGUCCAUCUGGAGAUCCAGCUACCGUUAUAUUCGUGCCAAGCGCGACUGGUGUUCCCAGCAACACUGGUGCUGCAGGUCUUCCCAAUGUUUUGACCAGUAUUUAUGAUGGUUCAGUUACUCUGACUUCCGUCAUCUCUACUGGCUUUGCUGGAGACCCUGCGCAGACGAUCAUUUUCAUUCCAAGUGCCCCUGGCGUCACCAGCAACACUGGUGCCGCUGGUCUCCCCAACAUCCUGACAAGCACUUAUGGAGGUUCGGUGACUUUGACUUCAGUACUACCGGUUGGCCCAUCUGGAGAUCCUGCCACGGUCAUCUUUGUACCGGGAACUCCUGGUGUUACCAGCAACUCUGGUGUGGCUGGUCUACCUAAUGUUUUGACCAGCACUUACGGAGGCUCCGUUACUUUAACUUCAGUUUUGCCAGUUGGUCCGUCCGGAGACCUUGCUACAGUCAUCUUCGUACCAGGCACUCCUGGCAUCACUAGCAACACUGGUGCUGCGGGCCUACCUAACAUCCUCACGAGCACUUACGGAGGCUCAGUCACUUUGACAUCAGUCUUGCCCGUUGGUCCGUCUGGAGAUCCCGCUACGGUCAUCUUCGUACCUGGUGCUCCCAGCGCCACUCCAACCAUCACUGCUGCUCCUACGCUGCCCAACGUCUUGACCCAGACCUACGGCGGCUCCGUUACGUUGACCACUGUUGUCCCCACAGGAUCUGCGGGCGACCCUGGUGUGACUGUCAUCUUCGUUCCCUCUGCUCCAGGCGCCUCGUCCGUUGACCCUACUCAGGCUCUCGGCAAUGUGUUGACAAGCACGUACGACGGAUCGGUCACGCUCACGACUACUUUGCCGGUUGGCCCAUCUGGUGACCCAGCGACUGUGGUCUUGGUACCAAGCAACACCUUGGUAUCAACAAGCACCGCAGUGGCAGGCCUUCCAAACAUCCUGACGCAGACCUAUGGUGGAUCUGUGACUUUGACAUCUGUUCUUCCCACGGGUCCUUCAGGAGAGCCUGGCGCAACGGUCAUCUUUGUUCCUGGCUUGCCUACUACAGCACCAACUGUUCCAUCUGCUGGCGGCGUUUUGACGAGCACUUACGGCGGUUCAGUCACUUUGACGACUACUUUGCCAAUCGGACCGUCUGGCGACCCAGCGACCGUCAUCUUGGUGCCGACCAGCACCGGAGCCGUUGGCCUGCCUAAUAUCCUUACUCAGACAUACGACGGUUCGGUGACCUUGACGACUGUGCUGCCUACGGGCCCAUCGGGUGAGCCUGGAGCUACAGUCAUUUUCGUUCCUGGCCUCCCGACCACUGCUCCGUCCGUUCCAUCUGUUGGAGGUGUUUUGACCAGCACGUACGAUGGAUCGGUAACGCUCACGACCACUUUGCCCAUCGGCCCAUCUGGCGAUCCAGCAACCGUUGUAUUGGUGCCAAGCAGCACUGGAGCAGCCGGUCUACCCAACAUUCUGACCCAGACAUACGGUGGAUCGGUGACCUUGACGACUGUGCUGCCUACGGGCCCAUCGGGAGAGCCUGGUGCAACUGUUAUCUUUGUGCCAAGUUCCCCGAUUGCUACACCAACUGUUGCCCCUGGAGGCAUCUUGACCAGUACUUAUGCCGGAUCGGUCACCCUUACGACCACCUUGCCCAUCGGUCCAUCUGGUGAUCCUGCUACUGUCAUUCUGGUACCGGGUAGCACAGCAGCUGCAGGUCUUCCCAAUAUCCUUACCCAGACGUACGGAGGCUCGGUUACCCUCACCACUGUUCUGCCUACUGGCCCGUCCGGCGAGCCCGGUGCGAACGUCAUCUUCGUACCAAGCUCUCCUAUUGCCACACCUACCAUUGCCCCUGGCGGAGUGUUGACCAGUGUCUAUGAUGGCUCAGUCACGCUGACAUCGACUUUGCCCGUCGGUCCAUCUGGGGAGCCUGGAGCUACUAUCAUCCUCAUCCCUACCAAUACUGGGGUUCCGUCAUUGCCCAAUAUCUUCACUUCGACGUACGACGGCUCGGUUACGCUCACCACUACCCUCCCAGUCGGACCUUCUGGAGACCCGGCGACUGUUAUCCUGGUGCCGAGCCAGACUGCCGCUCCCGCUGUCCCAAGCAAUCUCUUCACCAGCACGUACGAUGGAUCUGUCACCUUGACCACGACCUUGCCCAUUGGCACUGUUGUUCUGGUCCCCAGUCAAACUGCGGCUCCUGGCCUCCCCAACAUCCUCACUUCUACGUACGGAGGUUCGGUCACUUUGACCACCACAUUGCCUGUUGGUCCCUCAGGAGACGUUGCCACGGUCAUUCUCGUGCCCAGCCAGACUGGCGCUCCUGGUCUUCCCAAUGUCUUGACAUCGACAUACGGUGGCUCGGUAACCCUCACUACCACCUUACCCGUUGGGCCUUCUGGAGAUGUCGCGACUGUCAUCUUGGUUCCAAGUGCGACACCUGCUCCUGGCUUGCCAAAUGUCCUCACUUCUACGUAUGGAGGAUCAAUCACUCUCACAACCGUCUUGCCGGUUGGUCCUUCUGGCGACCCCGAGACGGUGAUUUUGGUACCAAGCCAAACUGCGGCGCCUGGUCUGCCCAAUGUGUUGACCAGCACCUAUGGCGGUUCAGUCACUUUGACCACCACGCUUCCAGUCGGACCUUCAGGCGGUAUCGCAACAAUCAUCCUGGUACCCAGCACGACACCUGCUCCUGGCUUGCCUAAUAUUCUGACGAGCACUUACGGCGGAUCGAUCACGUUGACCACUGCCUUGCCUGUUGGCCCGUCUGGAGAUCCCGUCACGGUGGUCCUUGUACCGAGCCAAACUGCGGCGCCUGGGCUGCCCAAUGUGUUGACCAGCACCUAUGGCGGUUCAGUCACUUUGACUACCACGCUACCCGUUGGUCCCUCUGGCGAUAUCGCGACUGUGAUUUUGGUACCCAGCUCAACUGCCGCCCCUGGUCUACCGAACAUCUUGACGAGCACCUACGGAGGUUCCGUAACCUUGACUACAACUCUCCCAGUUGGACCAUCCGGCGACAUCGCGACCGUGAUCCUCGUCCCCGGUGGUCCCACUUCCACGGCCGCCCCUGGUUUGCCCAACAUUCUUACCAGUACGUACGACGGCUCGGUGACUCUCACGACAAUUCUGCCAAUUGGCCCCUCCGGGGAUCCUGCCACAGUCAUAUUGGUGCCCAGUUCUGGAUCGAAUGGUGCUGGCCUUUCCAACGUGCUCACAAGCACCUAUGGAGGCUCAGUCACUCUCACGACGACGCUGCCUAUCGGACCUUCAGGCGACCCAGCAACUGUCAUUCUUGUGCCUAGUUCUGGAGCGAACAAUGGCGGUCUCCCUAAUAUUUUCACCAGCACCUAUGAUGGCUCAGUUACCCUCACAACCACACUUCCCAUUGGGCCCUCUGGGGAUCCAGCAGAAGUCGUGUUGGUGCCCAGCUCUGGAUCCAACAAUGGCGGUCUACCUAAUGUGCUUACAAGCACUUAUGAUGGAUCAGUCACCCUUACGACCACUCUGCCUAUUGGGCCUUCCGGUGAUCCCGCCACGGUUGUGUUGGUUCCCAGCACUAUUCCUUCUAUCACGGCGGCUCCCGGCCUCCCUAAUGCGCUUACAAGCACAUAUGGAGGCUCGGUUACUCUUACUACCGUCUUGCCCAUUGGACCUUCUGGGGACCUAGCAACUGUUGUUCUCGUGCCCGGCUCUGGUUCAACUGGCGCUGGUCUUCCCAAUGUCUUUACUAGCACCUACGAUGGUUCGGUCACUCUCACAACCACUCUCCCCAUUGGGCCAUCGGGCGAUCCGGCGACUGUCAUCCUGGUCCCGAGCACGAUUCCUUCCAUCACAGCUGCUCCCGGUCUUCCCAACGUACUUACAAGCACAUACGAUGGUUCAGUCACUCUCACGACGGUUCUGCCUCUUGGCCCGUCUGGAGACCCGGCCACCAUCAUCUUAGUGCCGGGUGGUACACCAUCUACUACGCCCGCGCCUGGUCUUCCCAACGUGCUUACGAGCACAUACGGAGGCUCGGCGACUCUUACUACCGUCUUGCCCCUCGGCCCCUCCGGUGACCCGGCUACUGUUAUCCUGGUCCCGAGUGCCACUCCUACCAUCACGCCUGCACCCAGUCUACCCAAUGUGCUCACCAGCACGUAUGGUGGUUCAGUCACUCUCACCACGGUCUUACCUUUGGGACCAUCUGGAGAUCCUGCUACCAUCAUCUUGGUACCCAGCAGCGCCGUUCCUCCACUCAUCGAUAUUUCUAUUGGUAUCAACCUUCCAGGCCUAUUUACCAGCACUUAUGGAGGUCCAUCUACCAUCACUACAGUGCUGCCAGUUGGCCCAUCUGGAGAUCCUGCCACCGUCAUUCUGGUGCCAAGCACUCCUCCGCUCAUCGACCUCUCGAUUGGCAUCAACCUCCCCAACCUUUUCACCAGUACCUAUGGUGGUUCGGUCACCCUCACGACUACCCUUCCCAUUGGGCCGUCUGGUGAUCCGGCUACGGUCAUUCUGGUACCCAGCAGUGUCCCUACUAUCACGGCUGGACCUGGGUCACCCAAUAUUUUGACGAGCACCUACGCUGGCUCUGUUACCUUGACCACUGUCUUACCGGUUGGUCCCUCUGGUGAUCCCGCCACCAUCAUCCUGGUGCCCGGAGCCACUAUCACGGAUGCCUCAGCACUGCCUAAUGUGCUUACGAGCACUUACGCCGGCUCAGUCACUCUCACAACCGUACUUCCGAUCGGACCCUCUGGCGACCCAACUACAAUCGUCUUGGUUCCUGGCGUUACUCCUACGGACGCUUCAGGAUUGCCCAACAUUCUCACAAGCACAUAUGGCGGUUCUGUCACACUCACCACUGUCCUUCCAGCUGGUCCCUCCGGCGAUCCGGCGACGAUUGUGUUGGUUCCCAGUGCCCCUAUCACCGAUGCCCCAGGACUGCCAACUCUCCUCACGAGCACAUAUGGCGGCUCGGUCACUCUUACCACUGUGCUUCCAGCCGGCCCCUCCGGAGACCCGGCGACAAUCGUCUUGGUUCCGGGAGCCUCCAUAACGGAUGCUCCCGGCCUGCCCAAUGUGCUUACCAGCACCUAUGCCGGCUCAGUCACUCUCACUACGGUGUUGCCCAUCGGACCCUCCGGGGAUCCGGCUACGGUCAUUCUGGUGCCUGGUGCGACGGGCGAUGGCGCUGGUGGUCUUCCCAACAUUCUCACCAGCACUUACGAUGGCUCUGUGACGCUUACGACCACUCUGCCUAUUGGUCCUUCUGGUGAUCCGGCAACUGUUGUUUUGGUGCCAUCUUCGAUCGGCGCUGGCUUGCCCAACCUUCUCACCAGCACAUAUGACGGAUCGGUAACCCUUACAACUACUUUGCCAGUUGGCCCUUCAGGCGAUCCUGCGACAGUUGUUCUGGUGCCGUCUUCGAUCAGCGCCGGUCUGCCCAAUGUUCUCACUAGUACGUACGAUGGAUCAGUUACUCUCACGACCACCUUGCCUAUUGGUUCAUCUGGCGACCCGGCCACGGUUAUCCUCGUACCUGGCGCGAGCAACACGGGUGCUGCUGGUCUUCCGAAUAUCUUGACAAGCACUUAUGACGGCUCGGUCACGCUUACCACUACCUUGCCAAUUGGCCCCUCUGGCGAUCCGGCUACUGUGAUCUUGGUACCCUCGUCUGGCGCUGCUGGCCUCCCAAAUGUGCUUACUUCUACGUACGACGGCUCUGUUACUCUCACCACCACGCUUCCGAUCGGCCCUUCAGGAGAUCCCGCAGAGGUGGUCCUUGUCCCAAGUGUUGUACCAAGUGUCACCGCACCUGGACUGCCCAACUUGCUUACUUCGACUUACGAUGGUUCCGUCACGUUAACCACUACCUUGCCUAUCGGUCCCUCGGGCGACCCAGCAACGGUGAUCCUGGUCCCAAGCAUCGUCCCAGGCGUGACUGCGACUGGGCUUCCCAAUGUUCUCACUUCUACGUACGAUGGUUCCGUUACUAUCACCACGACUUUGCCCAUUGGCCCGUCUGGCGAUCCCGCAGAGGUGGUCCUUGUGCCGAGUGUGGCCCCGAGCGCGACUGUGCCUGGUCUCCCCAACCUUCUAACGUCCACGUACGAUGGCUCAGUCACAAUCACAACGACGCUGCCGAUUGGGCCCUCUGGCGACCCAACCGCCGUCGUUUUGGUUCCUGGCAUCACGGCUCCAGCACUUCCCAACGUGCUGACAAGCACGUACGAUGGCUCCGUCACCUUGACUACCACUUUGCCCAUUGGCCCUUCGGGAGACCCUGCGACUGUGGUCCUGGUCCCGAGUAUCCCUGGCUCUCCAGCCUUACCGGAUGUCUUGACCAGUACGUACGACGGAUCUGCCACUAUCACAACUACCCUGCCUGCUGGACCAACACUUGUGCUGGUUCCAAGCGCCACCAAUGUGGCAGGUGGUUUGUUCACGAGCACGUACGACGGCUCAGUGACUCUUACAUCUACACUUCCUGCUGGCCCAUCUGGCGAGCCUGGAGCCACCAUCAUUUUCGUCCCGACGAUUUCCGUCGGUGGUCUUCCGAACCUCUUCACAAGCACGUAUGAUGGAUCAGUCACUCUCACGACUACGCUUCCUGCCGGUCCUUCUGGUGAGCCUGGUGCGACCAUUAUUCUGGUCCCAACCGUUUCUGUUGGCGGACUUCCCAACCUCUUCACCAGCACAUACGAUGGCUCGGUUACCUUGACCACCACUCUUCCCGCUGGUCCAUCUGGAGAGCCCGGACCUACCGUGGUCCUGGUCCCUGGCUUAACAUCUGCUUUGCCGACGUCUGCCCUGCCGAACUUAUUCACCAGCACGUACGAUGGCUCCAUUACUCUCACCACUACCUUGCCAGCCGGUCCCUCAGGCGAGCCUGGCCCAACGGUUGUUCUCGUCCCCGGAGCCACAUCGGCGCUGCCCAAUCUCUUUACCAGCACUUACGAUGGAUCCAUCACGCUCACCACCACACUCCCUGCUGGCCCAUCGGGGGAGCCUGGCCCUACUGUUGUUCUGGUUCCAGGUCUCACAUCUGCCUUGCCGACAUCUGCUCUGCCAAACUUCUUCACAAGCACCUACGACGGGUCUGUGACUCUCACCACGACGCUCCCCGCUGGCCCGUCUGGCGAUCCUGGCGCGACCGUGGUCUUGGUCCCUGGUCUCACGAGUGCGUUGCCAAACCUCUUCACGAGCACGUACGAUGGAUCCAUUACGCUCACAACUACGCUCCCCGCUGGUCCAUCUGGCGAGCCUGGCCCUACCGUCGUUUUGGUUCCUGGAUUGACUUCGGCAUUGCCCAACCUCUUUACUAGCACGUAUGACGGAUCCAUCACUCUCACUACCACGCUUCCGGCUGGCCCCUCGGGAGAACCUGGCCCGACCGUCGUCUUGGUUCCUGGCGCUACUUCUGUGCUGGGAAGCUUCUUGACCAGCACAUACGGCGGUUCAGUCACCCUCACAACCACUUUGCCAGCUGGACCUUCAGGCGAGCCUGGCCCGACUGUUGUUCUGGUGCCAAGUCUCACUGGUGCCAUCCCCACGUCCACUGCAGACUUGAACAUCCUGACCAGCACCUAUGCUGGAUCGGUUACUCUCACCACAACCCUUCCGGUUGGUCCUUCGGGAGAGCCUGGUGCUACCGUUAUUUUGGUCCCAAGCAUCACCGAUGCUUUGACUACUCCCACCGCGGCUCUGCCCAACGUGUUGACCAGCACCUACGAUGGCUCAGUCACUUUGACUACCACUCUCCCCGCUGGACCCUCGGGCGAGCCUGGAGAUGUUGUCGUCCUGGUCCCAAGCUCUGCUCUCGGAGCCUCUCCUGGCCAGUUCAUCACGCUCACCAGUGGCUACUCCGGCAUUGUACCCUCAACGUCGACCAUUCUGCCCACGGGCACGGAGACAAUUGGCGCGGUUGUCAUUCUGGUACCCACGAGCAGUGCGGGCAUCAGCUUCACCACCAUUACGAGCUCGUACUCGGGUGCUAUCCCAUCCGCGACGACCAUUUUCCCGACCGGAUCGGAUACCGAGGGAACUAUUAUCAUUCUCAAUCCUAUCACGAUCGACACCCCGGGCAUCACCAUUACGAGGCCGUACACCGGAACCGAGACCCUGACCUCUACGAUUCCACCCGCCGUUUCUGGAGACCCUGCGACCGUCAUCAUUCUGGAUCCCGCUCUACUUCUCACGACUUCCAACGCUGGUUCUUUCACGACCAUUACAAGCGGAUAUGAUGGUUCCGUCAUUGCCACGUCCACCGUCCCGGCGGUCGGCACCGAUAGACCCGGAACAGUCGUCAUUCUGGAGCCAACGGGCACCGCCGCGCCCAGCGUCACCGUUUCCUACACGACCAUCAUCAGCACAUACGCAGGAUCGUUGCUGGCGACCUCGACUCUAGCUCCCGCGGGCACCGAUGCUGUUGGCACCGUCAUCCUGCUGGUUCCCAGCUCGAGUGUUCAGAUCCCUGCUCCCUCGGGAACUGACACUGUUGGCACCAUCAUCUUCUUCGAGCCCGAGGCCACUGCAACAUCUGAUGUGCCCUUCACUACAAUCUUUAGUGGGUACGACGGGUCCAUUAUCCAGACCUCUACCAUUGCACCCGGCGCGCCUGGUGAGACUGGCACUGUUGUCAUUCUUCAGCCCAGCUCGGUCCUCACUGCGUUGCCAACAUCGUCUGCCAACUCCGAUGUCGUCAGCUACACCACAAUCUUCAGCACGUACACUGGCGACAUUCCUCUCACGACGACCCUUGCUCCGGCUAGCGGCGACCCUGCCAACAUUGGCACAGUCAUCGUCCAGUUGCCCAAUGUCCUGGCCACGUCGAGCCCGACCAUCAGCGUCAGCAUUACAUACACGACGAUCGUCAGCUUCUUCUCGGGAUCUGCUCCGAUCACCACCACGAUCGAUCCCGCGGUUGGAGGCAGCAUUGGUACUGUUGUUGUGCAGGUUCCUCUUACCACCUCGGAUCUCUUGGCUUCGCCUGGCAUCUUCUACACCACUAUCGUGAGCAGCUACCCAGGAUCGGUCACUUUGACAACCACCAUUCCUCCUGCUGCCACGGAUCCAGCCGGCCUCGCAACCGGAACGGUCAUUAUCCAGGUGCCCGACUCUCAGGUCACCGGUUCCAGCUCCUCUGGCGGUGCUCUAGCGGCCUCGUUCACCACCAUCUUCAGCAACUACCCGGGAUCCAUCACGCUCACCACGACUCUGCCUCCUGCUGCCACAGAUCCAGCUGGCCUCGGCACGGUCAUUGUUCAAAUUCCGGAUACAGGAAUCAUUCCCACUGCCACGAGUGCUUUGGCUGCUUCCUUCACCACCAUCUUUAGCACUUAUCCUGGAUCUGUAACUUUGGCCACCACUCUGCCUCCCGAUGCCACUGACCCUGCGGGUCUCGGUACAGUCAUUAUUCAGAUCCCCGAAACUGGAGUGAUCCCAACGGCCACGAGUGCUCUGGGAGCGUUGUUCACCACGGUGUUCAGUACCUACCCUGGCUCAGUCACUUUGACAACUACUAUCCCCGCCGCGGACCCCACGGGCUUGGGAACAGUUGUCAUUCAAGUUCCUGACAUCUUGGAUACUUCGAGCCUCCCCACUGGCAGUCUUACCGCUUCGCCGGGUGGCUUCUUCACUACCCUCUUCAGCACCUAUGACGGCUCGGUCACCUUGACCACGACCAUCCCCCCUGCGGCGACGGAUCCCUCCGGACUUGCCACGGUCAUUAUUCAGGUUCCCAGCAACGUGCUCAACACGGACAGCAUCUCUUAUACCACGGUCACCAGUGCCUACACCGGCCUCAUUCCCCAGACCACUACCGUGGCCCCUGGCGCUCCUGGCGACCUCGGAACCGUCAUCGUCCAGGUUCCCACCAGCUCAGUCAGCGUAGAUGCCAUCUCGUACGUGACUGUCACCAGUGGUGGCUUCACCGGCCUGGGCCCAUUGACAACCACCAUUCCUCCGGCCAACCCCGCAGACCCCGGAACAGUCGUCAUCCAGGUCCCAAGUGCCACCAGCGCCCUUGGAGCUGUGUACACGACCAUCACCAGCGGCUACCCUGGAUCUGUCCUCGCAACCGAGACGGGCGUUCUCACCGGAGUAGAUGGCCUUGUCACUGUGGUCGUUCUAUCGCCGACCGGAACUGCCGCCUCAUUGCCAACCAUCACGGGAAGCAUUGGCGUGUUUGUUACAGUCAGCAUUGGAUAUGAUGGAUCUGUCGUUGCAACAUCGACCGGCUCAGUUACUGGUGUCGAUGGUCUUAUUACUGUUGUCGUCCAGACUCCCACCAUCGCCAUCACUUCACCCACGGCCACCAUUCCGGGUCUCUCCUAUACCACGGUUACCAGCGGCUACGCUGGAUCUCUCCUCCAGACCCUCAUUGGAACGCAGACCGGAGCUGAUGGACUGGCCACAGUGGUCAUUCAGACGCCCACGAUUGCCAUUACCUCGCCGACUGCCACUAUUCCUGGCCUUUCGUACACCACCGUGACAAGUGGCUACGACGGCUCGCUUCUCCAGACUCUCAUUGGAACGCAGACUGGUGCAGACGGCUUGGCGACGGUCAUCAUCCAGACUCCAACUUUGGGACUCACUUCCCCGACUGCAACGAUUUCCGGUCUUUCCUACACCACCGUCACAAGUGGCUACGCUGGAUCUCUUCUCCAGACCCUCAUCGGUACCGCUACUGGUGCUGAUGGCCUCGCCACGGUCGUGAUCCAGGUGCCAACAGCCUACAUCACCUCUAGCCCGACUGUCUCGGCUCCGGUCUCAUACACCACAGUCACCAGCGGCUAUGGAGGCUCAUUCAUCCAGACUCUCAUCGGCUCUCUUCCCGGUAUUGACGGCUACAUCACCGUGGUCGUCAACAUCCCCACUGGCACGGCAUCUCUGCCCACGACCACUUUGCCCGGUGUUUCGUACACGACUGUUACGAGUGGAUAUGAUGGAUCGCUUCUUCAGACCCUCAUCGGCUCUGUCACUGGCGCAGAUGGACUUGCGACCGUUGUGGUCCAGGUUCCCACUGCCACGGCCACAGCCACGACAACGCCCGCCAUCUCGGUCACUCAGUCCAUCAUCUCGUACAUCACCGUCACGACUGGCUACUCUGGCGCCUCAACUCUCUUCCAGACGCUCGCUCCCGCUGCCUCUGGUCUGCCAGGCACCGUCUUCAUCCAAGUCCCGACCGCCGUGCCUUCAAGCACGCCUUCUCUCACCAUCUCGGACGGCACUACGUACACAACCAUUACUUCUUUCAUCACGGCUUCCGUCACCCAGAUCUCGACUCUUGUUCCGUCAAGGGCUGGCGAUGUGGUCACUGUUCUUCUUGGUCUCCCCCGUCGCUUGGUGCUCGUCACGACGACGAUCCCUGGUCUAAGUGUUACUGCCACCUCAACUCUGCCAAUGGGCUCCGAUGGUGCCCAGACGAUCAUGAUCCAGGUUCCUGGCGUGGCCACGGCCACGGCCACGGCAUCACCCACGAUUGGUGGCAUCACAACCGUCUUCAAUACUUACAGCGGCUCCGUUACUCUCAUCCAGACAGAAACUCCCGCUCAGCCUGGAGAUCCAACCACGGUUCUUGUCAAUAUCCCCGGCGUCUUUGCCGAGGUUACUUCAACUCGCUUUGGCGCACCAUCUGCCGGCACCACCACCAUUGCUCCCGCCGGCACCGGCCUCCCAGCGACAGUCAUCAUCGACCUUCCUGCCAUCUUCCAGACCGUCACCAGCGGCUACUCUGGUCUCGUUCCGGCAACGACGACUAUUUUGCCAACGGAUCCCACCGGAGUUGGUCUGGUCAUCAUCCAGACCCCGACUGUCUCCUCUGGCUUGCCCUCCAAUACUCCUUCCACGGUCUUCACAACCGCGCCUGGAACUGGCUCACUCUUGGCCACUGCCACGAUCACCGGGCCUGAUGGCGUGAUUUCCGUCAUUGUACAGACCCCAACGGCUCUUGGACAGAUCCUCUCUACGGUCUUCACCACUCAGCCGGGCACUGGAGUCUUGCCUGCCACUACUACCGUCACCGGCCCAGAUGGAAUCGUCUCUGUCAUUCUUGAGACUCCUACUCUUCCCUCGGGAGCUGUUCCGACUACGGUCUUCACCACGUUGCCCGGAACUGCUGCUCUACCAGCAACGACCACCGUCACGGGAACGGAUGGAGUCGUUUCCGUCAUCUUCUUGGAGCCUACAACCUCGGGCCAGAGCCUCGUGGUUCCGACUACGGUCUUCACCACCAUUGUGGGAACUGGUGCUCUCCCGACCACUACUACGGCCAGCGGCCUUGGUGGAAUCGUCUCUAUCAUCGUGGAGCUUCCGAGCACUACUUUGCCUCCAGGAGUCACUCCCUCGACCAUCUUCACCACGGUUCCAGGCACCGGAGCGCUCCCGGCCACAGCUACGGUCACCGGACUGGAUGGCAUCGUCUCGGUCAUCAUCUCCGAGCCCACGUCAAUUCUAUCUGGCAUCUUCACCACCAUCACCACGGGAGGACCGGUUGCUACGACCAGCACCAUUCUGCCCAACAUCAUUGGUGGCGUGGGCACGGUUGUCGUCCAGACACCGACCCUCACCGUCAGUCCCGGAGCCUUCUUCACGACUCUCACUUCUGGUGGUCCAGUCGCUUCCACUUUCACGAUUCCAGCUGUUGAUCCCACUGGCCUCGGAACGGUCGUCAUCCAGACACCCACUGUCAGCCCGGGAGCCUUAUUCACCACCAUCACCUCUGGUGGCCCAGGUGCGUCGACCUUUACCAUCCCAGCCGCCGACCCUACCGGCCUUGGAACCGUGGUCAUCCAGACUCCGACUGCCCUCCUCGCGUCUUACACGACCCUCACCAUCACCGGCUCUGUUGCGACGACCUUCUCAAUCCCCCCUGUGGGCUCUGGCAUCGGAAGCGUCAUUGUGCAGAUCCCGGAGAUCACUGGCACGUCCGCCUCGCUGCCAUCCAUUACAUCUGCUCCGACCUCGAUUCUCAGCCGUGACCUCACCACCAUCUUCUCCCCUUACACCGGAACGACAAGAAUCACCACCACAAUUCUGGUCAGCAUCAGCGGCGAUCCUACCCUGCCCAACACGGUCAUUGUCUACGUUCCCCUCACGGAGACGAGCAGCUCCGUUGCGACACCGACGGUCACUGGCGGUAUCUCGUACAUCACUCUCAUCACGGGGGUUCCUGGAACCUUUAUUGGCACCCAGACAACUACCCUUCCCGCCGGCAAUGAUGGAUCUGCCACCGUUCUCAUCCAGACUGCCCUUCCUCUGGCCACGUCCAGCCCCAGCGUCACUGUCUCGUACACGACCAUCGUCACGGGCAUCAUUGGCACCUUUGCUGGUCUUCAGACAUCGACUCUUCCAGCAGGACCCGAUGGACUGGCAACUGUCCUCGUCCAGAGCGCCGUCCCGUCUGCUGGUGUUUCUUUCACUACGGCCUUGACGGGAAUUCCGGGCACAUUCCUCGGAACCCAGGCGACGACUUUGCCUGUUGGUACCAACGGCAUCGCAACCGUUCUUCUCCAGACUGCCCUGCCUACCGCAAGCCCGGUCUCGUACACCACCAUCUUCUCUGGCGUGCCCGGCACGUUCGUCGGACCUCAGACCACGACCUUGCCCGCGGGCCCCGACGGUCUCGCUACUGUUGUCGUGCAAAGCGCUCUUCCUACCUCGGGUGUUUCCUACACGACUCGCUUCACAGGCGUUCCCGGCACUUUCAUCGGAGCUCAGACAACCACGCUUCCUGCCGGUCCCGAUGGACUCGUUACCGUACUUGUCCAGAGCGCGAUCCCAACAGCAAGCGCCUCGUACACGACAUUGCUUACUGGCAUCCCUGGAACCUUCUUGGGCUCGCAGACCAGCACUCUUCCAGUUGGACCUGACGGCGUUGCUACUGUGAUCAUCCAAACUGCGCUGCCUACUGGUGUGCCGACGUCCUACACGACUCUGUUCUCUGGCAUUCCCGGCACAUUCAUCGCGCCCAUCACAACCACGUUGCCCGCUGGGCUUGACGGCAUCGCGACCGUGCUCAUUCAAACGGCGCUUCCAACUGCGACUGCAAGCCCUACGUCCUACACGACCGUCCUCACUGGUGUACCGGGUACAUUCAUCGGCGCUCAGACGAGCACCUUGCCUGUUGGAUCUAACGGCAUCGCCACGGUGGUCAUUCAGACCGCCCUGCCCACUGGAAACCCAACGUCGUACACGACCUUGUUCUCUGGUGUUCCUGGCACUUUCACCGCGCCUUUGACAACAACUCUGCCAGCCGGAACCGACGGCAUUGCAACUGUGGUCAUUCAAACCGCACUCCCGACAGCCAGCCCGCUCUCGUACACCACCGUCUUCAGCGGCGUUCCUGGCACUUUCUUGGGCGCCCAGACGACUACCCUUCCUGCUGGCCCUGGUGGUCUGGCAACCGUUCUUAUCCAGACAGCCCUGCCAACAUCAAGCCCUCUAUCGUAUACCACGGUGCUCACGGGCGUUCCAGGAACUUUCCUUGGUGCGCAGACCUCCACCUUGCCCGCCGGUACCAACGGAAUCGCGACUGUGGUCAUCCAGACUGCCCUCCCAACAGCCAGCCCAGUGUCCUACACAACUGUAUUCACAGGUCUUCCAGGAACUUUCUUGGGCCUACAGACAUCAACACUUCCUGCUGGCCCUGAUGGCCUCGCCACCGUUGUCAUUCAGUCAGCUCUGCCAACGGGAAGCCCAACUUCGUACACAACAUUGCUCACUGGCAUCCCGGGCACUUUCUUGGGCUCACAAACGACAACGCUGCCUGCCGGUCUCGAUGGACUGGCAACUGUCAUUGUUCAGACUGCUCUGCCAACAGCAAGCCCCGUCUCAUACACCACCUUGCUCUCCGGGGUACCAGGAACUUUCUUGGGCGCGCAGACUACCACGCUCCCGGCUGGUUCUGAUGGUCUUGCCACGGUCAUCAUUCAGACCGCUAUUCCCACAGUCCAAGCUGCUUCAUAUGUCACCAUCGUCACGGGCAUCCCGGGUACUUUUGCCGGCACCUUGGCCUCGACACUUCCCGCGGGAACCAACGGAGUUGGCACCGUUAUUCUCCAGACCGCCGUUCCCACGCCGACUUCGAGCGGCGCUGGUGUCACCUACACCACAAUCCUGACUGGAGUCCCUGGCAUCUUCACAGGUACCCAGACGACUACGCUCCCCAUUGUCACCGGAACUGUUGGCACCGUUCUCUUGGAGACCGCUCUCGCAACUCCGAGCCCAGUUCUCUCCUACGUCACAUUGUUGACUGGAAUUCCCGGAACUUUCAUCGGUACGCAGGCGACCACGCUGCCAAUUAUCUCUGGCAGCGUCGGAACGGUUCUCUUGCAGACCGCUCUUCCUUCUGCCACCUCGUCGCCUACAAGCAGCGUCAGCAUCACGUACAUCACCAUUGUCACUGGUAUCUUGGGAACCUUCACUGGCACUCAGACAAGCACCCUGCCCAUUCCGUCCAUCGGAGUCGGUAUCGGCAUCGGUAUCACGGCUACCGUCGUCUUGCAGACCGCCAUUCCCACAUCGGCUGUGCAAUCGUACACGACCAUCGUCUCCGGCGUUCCCGGCAGCUUCACCGGCACCCAGACCACUACCCUCCCCGGUGUUGGUCCGGACGGCCUGGCUACCGUGGUCCUCCAGACUGCCCUUCCCGUCAUCACUUCAUACACGACCAUCUUCAGUGGUGUCUUUGGCACUUUCACUGGAACCCAGACAACUACCCUUCCUGGGGUCGGCACCAACGGUCUUGGAACUGUUGUCUUGCAAACGGCCGUCCCCUCAACAACUGCGGCCUCCUAUACCACAGUCAUCACGGGCGUCCCAGGCACUUUCAUCGGCACGCAGACUUCCACCCUCCCUGGCACCGGCGCCAACGGCCUUGGAACAGUUGUUCUCCAGACUGCUCUCCCUGCCGCUACCUCGUACACUACGAUCUUCAGUGGAAUCGUUGGCACCUUUACCGGAACCCAGACUACCACUCUGCCUGGCACUGGAAUCGACGGCCUCGGAACUGUUGUUCUGCAGACCCCGAUUCCCACCACAAGUCUGUCAUACACGACUUUGGUCACCGGCAUCGCUGGAAGCUUCUUUGGCACCCAGACGACUACCCUACCCGUCGUCGGCACCGGAAAUGUGGCCACUGUUCUCCUCCAGACUGCACUUCCGAGCGUCUCGUACACUACCGUCCUCACGGGUAUCCCUGGAACGUUCAUCGGAACCCAGACCAGCACUUUGCCUGUUGUCGGUUCCAACGGCUUGGCAACUGUCGUCCUACAGACUGCACUGCCCGCCAUCUCCUACACCACGCUUCUCACAGGCAUCCCGGGCAACUUUGCUGGAUCCCAGACAACCACUCUUCCCAUCGUUGGCACGGGGAACGUGGCGACCGUUCUCAUCCAGACUGCUCUCCCAUCGGUCAGCAGCACGUCUUCAAGCUCUUCGGUCAUCGUGAUCAAUACUUCCUACGUCACCAUUGUCACUGGCAUCUUUGGUACGUUUGCAGGAACCCAGACAACUACUUUGCCUGCCGCCGCCACAGCCCCCGGACUCGUCACUGUCGUCCUCCAGACAGCAAUCCCGAGCCCCGGCACGACUUCGUACACCACGAUCCUCACUGGCGUCACCGGAACCAGCUUCCCUGGUACAAGGGCGACCACUCUGCCUGUCAUCGGUACCCUUGGAACUGUCCUUUUGGAGACGGCUAUUCCGGACGUCCCGACAACUUCCUACACGACUAUUCUCACUGGCAUCGCUGGCGAGACAUUUGUCGGCACCCGCGCCACAACUCUUCCAGUUACGGGAAGCAUUGGAACCGUUUUGUUGGAGACGGCCAUUCCAGCUGCCACCUCGUACAUUACGAUUCCCACGGGAGUCGCUGGCGCCACAUUCACCGGCAUCCAGCUGUCUACUCUUCCAGUCACGGGAACUAUCGGAACUGUACUUCAACAAACAGCUCUGCCGGCGGCUACUUCAUACAUCACGAUUCCCACCGGAGUUAUUGGGGCUACAUUCACUGGCAUCCAGCUUUCCACUUUGCCCGUCACCGGCACCAUCGGUACGGUCCUUCAACAGACUGCUCUUCCGGCUGCCACCUCAUACAUCACGAUCCCAACUGGAGUCAUCGGUGGCACCUUCACCGGCAUUCAGCUCACGACACUGCCGGUUACUGGAACCAUCGGCACCGUGCUCCAGCAAACAGCCCUUCCGGCAGCAACUUCAUACAUCACGAUUCCUACUGGCAUUGCGGGAGCUACCUUCACGGGUAUCCAGCUUUCGACUUUGCCCGUUACCGGCACGAUUGGAACUGUGUUGCAACAGACGGCUCUGCCCGCUGCCACUUCGUACAUCACGGUACCGACCGGAAUCCUGGGAGCCACGUUCCUUGGAACGCAACUUUCUACGCUUCCUGUUACUGGCACGAUUGGAACUGUUCUUCAACAAACCGCCAUUCCUCUCGUGACUUCCUAUAUCACAAUCCCAACUGGAGUUCUGGGAGCCACGUUCCUUGGAACUCAGCUCUCUACUCUUCCAGUCACUGGAACCGUUGGCACCGUCCUUCAACAGACGGCCAUUCCCAAUCCCGUCACAUCUUAUGUUACGAUUCCCACGGGAGUUCUGGGAGCAACAUUCCUCGGAACCCAACUGUCGACCCUGCCUGUCACGGGCACUAUUGGUACGGUUCUGCAACAGACUGCCAUUCCCAACCCCGUCACCUCAUACAUCACCAUUCCUACUGGAGUUCUGGGAGCCACGUUCCUCGGCACCCAGCUCUAUACUCUCCCCGUCACAGGCACGAUCGGAACCGUUCUUCAACAGACUGCAAUUCCUGCCUUGUCCACUGGAUACACCACCAUCCUGUCCGGCAUCGUUGGCACCUUUACAGGCACCCAGACUACGACUCUUCCAGUCACGGGAACUCUUGGCACUGUUAUUCUGCAGACGGCCGUACCACCAGCCACGUCUUACACAACCAUCGUCACUGGCGUCUUCGGAACCUUCCUUGGAACUUCAGCGACCACCCUACCAGCUACUGGAACCAUCGGUACGGUACUGCUUCAGACCGCGAUCCCGAUCUCGUACACGACUCUCCUCACCGGAGUCGCGGGCAACUUCCUUGGCACCCAGACGUCGACGAUUCCGGCCGUCAGCGGUCUCGGAACCGUCCUGCUUCAGACCGCCCUGCCCACUGGAUACCUCACCGUCACCAGUGGAAUUACUGGCAGCUUUACCGGCACUCAGACAACCACCUUGCCGGCUGUUGGAGGAGGCCUUGGAACCGUCGUUCUUCAGACCGCUAUUCCCAGCUCCGUCAUUGUCUCUUACACGACUAUCAUCACUGGUGUCAUUGGUACUUUCACCGGCACCUCGGUAACCACCCUCCCGGCUACCGGAAGCGUCGGCACCGUGUUGUUGGAGACGGCCAUCCGGCCCAUUUCCUACGUCACCGUCACCAGUGGCAUCGUGGGCAGCUUCACAGGCACUCAAACCGUCACUCUCCCUACCACCGGAGCCGGACAGAGCAUCGCUACUGUUGUCCUUCAGACUGCCAUUCCGGCCAUCUCGUACAUCACUGUCACGAGCGGAGUGGUCGGCAGCUUUACCGGUACUCAGACUGUCACGCUUCCCACGACGGGAGCCGGCCAGAGCAUCGGCACAGUCGUUCUCGAGACCGCUAUCCCAGCCAUUUCGUACAUCACCAUCCCCACUGGGGUUACUGGCACAUUCACAGGCACCUCUACAGUCACUUUGCCUACCACUGGUCCAGGCCAGACUGUUGGCACCGUCUACCUGGAGACUGCUCUCCCAGUCAUUUCUUACGUGACGAUUCCCACUGGAGCGACCGGAACCUUUACAGGAACCCGUCUCAGCACCCUUCCAGUCACUGGCACCGUUGGUACUGUGCUCGCGCAGACGGCCCUCCCGGUCAUCUCGUACAUCAGGAUUCCUACUGGAGUUACAGGAACAUUCACCGGCACUCAGACAACCACGUUACCGAUCACGGGAUCCAUUGCGACGGUACUUCUGGAGACCGCAUUGCCUGUGAUUUCGUACAUCACGAUCCCAACUGGCGUGACCGGAACCUUUGCUGGCACUCAGCUAUCGACUUUGCCCGUCACUGGCACCAUUGGAACAGUGUUGGCACAGACUGCUCUACCUUCGGUCUCAUACAUCACCAUCUCAACUGGCGUUACCGGAACCUUUGCGGGCACUCAACUUUCUACCUUGCCAGUCUCUGGUACCGUUGGAACCGUUCUCGCCCAGACUGCUCUGCCAUCCAUCUCGUACAUCACUAUCCCGACUGGUGUUACUGGAACAUUCGCCGGCACGCAGCUUUCGACCUUGCCUGUUACCGGCACGAUCGGAACUGUCCUUGCCCAGACCGCCCUCCCCUCCAUCUCGUAUCUCACGAUCCCUACUGGCGUUACUGGAACCUUCACGGGUACCCAACUGUCAACUUUGCCAGUCUCUGGAACUAUCGGAACCGUCUUGGCGCAGACCGCUCUCCCAGUCAUCUCCUACAUCACCGUCCCGACGGGAGUUACUGGCAGUUUUACGGGCACGCAAUUCUCAACCUUGCCCGCCGUUGGCAGUGUGGCCACCGUAUUGGCACAGACCGCUCUCCCAGUUAUCUCGUAUACAACCGUCCCGACUGGCGUUACUGGCACGUUCACAGGCACCCGUUUGUCGACGUUGCCGGCCGUCGGAAGCGUGGCCACGGUACUGGCCCAGACAGCUCUUCCAGUUGUCUCGUACGUGACUGUUCCAACAGGAGUCACAGGCACCUUUACUGGCACGCUGUUCUCAACCCUCCCGGCUGUUGGCAGCGUUGCCACUGUUCUUGCUCAGACAGCCUUGCCUGUGGUAUCGUAUGUCACGGUGCCUACAGGCGUCACUGGCACCUUCACCGGAACCCAGUUCUCGACCCUCCCCGCUGUCGGCAGUGUGGCUACAGUGUUGGCUCAAACAGCCUUGCCCGUCGUUUCCUACGUUACUGUUCCUACUGGCGUCACUGGUACCUUUACUGGAACGCAGUUGUCUACUUUGCCCGCCGUCGGAAGCGUCGCGACCGUUCUCGCUCAAACGGCCUUGCCUGUGGUUUCGUACGUUACCGUACCCACGGGAGUCACCGGCACCUUCACGGGAACGCAGCUAUCAACGCUUCCCGCCGUCGGAAGCGUGGCCACGGUGCUUGCCCAAACAGCCUUGCCACAGAUCUUCUAUACCACGGUCGCCUCGGGAGUCGCAGGCACCUUUGCCGGUACUCAGCUGGUCACUCUCUCCGGAACCGGAGCCACCCGGACUGUCGUGGCAGAAACCGCCAUUCCGUACACGACGGUCCUCACUGGAGUUUCUGGCACCUUUACCGGAACUUCCCUGUCCACGAUCGGAAACACGGUUCUCGCUCAGACAGCCCUGCCUCAGAUCUUCUACACGACCAUCCCGUCAGGCGUGCCGGGCACCUUUGCCGGAACGUCUUUGGUCACUCUCUCGGGCUCUGGAGCUACUCAGACAGUCGUUGCCCAGACGGCCAUUCCCUACACCACGGUCGUCACGGGAAUUACUGGGACCUUUACCGGAACCUCUUUGUCUACUAUCGGUAAUACAGUCAUCGCCCAGACGGCUCUGCCACAGGUCUUCUACAACACGGUACCCACUGGUGUUCCGGGCACGUUUGCCGGAACCUCUCUUACUACCCUCGCGGGCUCCGGAGCAACGAGAACGGUCCUCGCUCAGACUGCCGUGCCGUAUACCACAAUCCUCACGGGAGUCUCGGGCACCUUUACCGGAACUGCAGUCACGACCAUUGGCAACACCGUCCUUCAACAGACGGCCAUUCCUCCAGUCUCCUACACGACGGUGGUCACCGGUGUGAUCGGCACCUUUACUGGCACUCAGGUCACCACCAUUGGCAACACGGUCGUCCAGCAGACCGCCCUCCCCUCAAGCACAUCGUACACCACGAUCCUCACGGGAGUCACUGGUGCCUUCACCGGCACGCGGACCACAACUGUUGGAAACACAGUACUGCAGCAGACGGCACUCGCAUCAGCAAGUCGCGUCGUCACCAGCUCAUACGCACCAUCCGGCUGUGUCCCGACGCCCACCGGCGUCGCCGCCCCGACUUGCCUACCAUCAACCGGAUCCGCAAUCACUUUGCCUUCUGCUUGCGCCAGUCUCACGGGUGUCAUCUUGCAAUCAUACUCUCAGUCGACACUCGAUGCUUGUACUGCAGCCUUGGGCGCGACUGCCAACAUUGGAACCGUCAGCAACUGUCUCAACUUGCAACAAAUUGCUCUGUUAGGAAACGUCCUGGGAUUCAACCACGUCAGAUGUAUUCAGACUGCUCUGGCGGGUACCUGUCUCACCAGGCUUCCGUCAAUUUGCGCCAACCUGGCGGCAUCCAGCCAGACUCUUGCCAAUGUCCAGACCAACGCCGCUCUAUGCUUCGCCAACCUUGGAGCCUUUGGUUCCAUCACGACAGCAGGCAACUGUAUCAUAUCCAGCGUCACCAACCAAGGAGGCGCGGCCGUUCUCAACUGUUUCGAGCGAGCUCUCGGACUACCAGUCGGUCAAACAGUCGCCGGAUUGGCAAGCACAGUAUUGUGUCCUUCCGGCACAGCUUGCGCCCGCGCUCCGGCAGCCUGCGGUGCUCUACUGGAUGUCACACUCUCAACGUCGGAAAUCAAUGCCAACCUCAAUCUCUGCCAGGCUGGCCUCGUCGUCAGCGCCUUGGGAAGCACGGUAUCAAACUUGGCUUCCGGUUUGGGCUGUACUCUCGGCAGCGUUACCGGCCUGGUGGGCAGUCUCCUCGGAGCCCAGACACAAUCGUACGCUCAAUGUAUCCAGAACUCGCUGGCUUCGCAGUGUAUCACGUCACUACCGCAGAGCUGUGUCAACCUGGGCGUCGACGCGACCGGUGGCGUGGCAGUGACUGUCAGCGCACCGAACCUCAUCUCUUGCGUAACUUCGCUCGGCCUCUUGUCCAACGGCAUCGCCUCGGAUUGUUUGAACCUGUCCUUGACGGGCCCGAACAUUGUGGCUUGCCUGAACUUGCGCCUCUUUGGCGUCGCCACGGUGAACGUGGCCGCCUAA